AUGUCAUCGCGAUUUGUAUAUACAGCGCGUGAGGAACGUUUGAUGUGGGAAUUUCUCUAUCAGUCAGUGGAGCUGAUUGAUGGUGGCAAAUGGGCAGAUAGGCCGGCGAGUCUUAAGCUGUGGAGGAAGUUCCAGAUGACCGGAAGAACGAGUAAGACCUCUGCAUCACUCUCCUCACAGCUUGAAUUCAAAGCGAAUAUUUCAAUAUGCCUGGACUCAUUUGGCUUGGUAACUGCUUAUGAAAAGGAAGAUAAUUCUGGGGAAGCUCCAGAUGAAUCAGCCGCUGCCAGGUAUGAUGGCUGUGACGAUAUGAAUAUGGAGGAGCCAAAUAGAGAGAUAUGCGAUGCUGAAGGAAGUUCAGAAGAGGCACGCCAGCAGCGUAUGGUUGAAGAUGUACAAGAAGAAGAAGUAAAUGAAACAUUUUAUGCGGAAUCUGAUGCUGGAUGCAGUCAGUUAGACGUUAAACCAUGUCAGGAGCUAAAAAGAAGUAAUGAAAUCGUGGAAGCGAAUUUCGACAAGGCAGAUGCACCAUCGGAAACCGUUAAUCAGCAGUUUUCAAGGAAAAAGAAGAGAAAAAGAGCCGCCAGGAGAAAAUCCUCUGCUAAUCACCUGAUUGAGCCGGAGGGCAGCUUGGAUGGAGUGCCUGAAAAUGCGCCAGCAGCGUGCAGUAGCGUGCAACAGAAGACCGUUAAUGAGGAAUUGGAUGAAGCUCUUGCUUUGGUCGAAAGAAAAAGUGAGCUUAGCGGUGCCGAAAUGCCGGAAGCUCCAGGAACAACAAAGCAACAAUCGCUGGACGAUGUCGAGAAAGAGGUAAUCUCGAAAAUUCCGAAUUUGGAUAUUGCACAGCUGCGGUUUGUGGUCUCACAUCCUGAUGUUGACGCUAAAACAAAAGCCGAGAAAUGGGAAAAGCUUGUGCAGUUGAUACGAGAAAAUGAAAUGGGACCGUAUUAUAAGCUUAUUUGCGGCGAAGUUGGGUUUCCUCUUAAUGAGGCGCUACUCGCCGAGCUAAAGGAGGCAAACGAAAAGCGUCUGAAAGAGAUUGACGAUGAAAUUAAGGAUGCCGAGCAAAAUCUAGGUUUAAUUGUUACUUUUUUUUCCGGUUAUUUUUGUUGCUGAAG